CAGAGAAAAUAGCUUGUUUUAGAAUGUCAAACCAAUGAUGUUCAUUGGUUUUACUUGAUGGCCAAAUCCCGUGUAGGUCAGGCCUAUUCAACUCUUUUAUUUUAUGGUUAUCGGUUAGCCAAUUAAAUACGAUGCAUUAGUUUAUUGUUAAAUUUUUAUUUUUAGCAAUAAAAAGAAAUAUUUUUUUCCCUUUUCAUAUAUAUUUUAUCACCACGGAGAAAUAAAAUGCCUUAAAGAAAAAAAAAAUUGACAAUCCUGGAGCCGUUUAAAUCUGCAUGUGUAUGGUAAGUUGGCCAGUUCCACAGAGGAAAGAGAAAAAAAUUGACACUCUAUUCUACCCUUCCUACAAACGCUCAUGGAGCAGGGAAUUUGAAAUGAGGGAAGAGUUUUUUCCUCCCUGCUAUUAUAUGUUUUUAAUUUAAAAAGAUACAAUGAAUGUACUUAGGGGUCGUUUGGAUGGAACUUUCUGGUGAGUCAAUUGUGCUAAAUUGUCUCAAAAUGAAGCAAUUGCACCACAUUGACUCGUUUGGCCACCAAAAAAUUAAAUGAACCAAUUCUAUAUGGAGAAAUGUAGAUUGCUUCAUUUUUGGUCAAUUGCAAUUACCUGGGUAGGGAGAGGUUUUGUGAAUUGACUCAUUUUUUUGUUUCCUUUUCCCAAAGCUACCCUUUUCUUUUUCAUUUUUUUAUUUUUCUUUCUUUCCCCUCUCUCCCCCUCCUGGAACCAAUUACGAAACCUUCAUUCUUCCCCCUUUCUCUCUCUCUCUCUCCCUCUCUCUCUCACGGAUCUGAGAAGAUUUUCUUCUUUCCUUAUGUGAUUAAACCUCAAUUCCAAAAAUCUAUUGAUUGAUUCUUCAACUACCCAUCACUGAUUUCUUUUUCUUCAGUAUUCAACGAGAUCCUUCAUGUUCUCAUUUUUUUUUAAGGAACCAUCUUCUCUUUUUUCUAUUUCCUGUCUUUCUCUGUAGACGAGCAACAAUGGCGAAUCACAAAAUAGCCAGUCUUCUCUUCCCUUUCUGCUCACGAUCCAGGCUUUGAAGGCGAGUCUCCAACAUAUUUUUGUUGACAGGCGAGUCUCGAAUCGCGCCGCCGCCGUGAAGAGAUGACUCGUCUCCACCAGAGGUGAGGAAAGGGGUUUCUCCAACGCCGUUGAGCUGAGUUUCUGGGCUUCUGAAGUGGAGCGCCUGAUUCGCCUUAUUAAUACAUAUUCCACCUCUUAGUGUGAAUAGCUGUUGUACAAAAAAUCGAACCCAGAAAGAUACAAGCUCGACAUAAAUAGGGUCGAGAAAUUUGCAGAGGACGGUGAAAAUUCACCUGUUUCGGCUUUCUCCGAUGCUCAACCUUUCUAGGUCACUGGAAAAACUGAUUGCAUGUGAGUUAAUUGGUGAAUAAGAGAGGUUCCGAUUGUAAUUUUUGUGCAUGAUGAACUAUCCAUAAUGAAAACCAAUAAAAUGACGAAAAACUUGCAGCAAAACAAGAGAUGAGAAACUUGGAGAAGACAAGGAUAAAUUGGUAUUUACUCAAAAUGACUCGUAUACAUUUCCCCAUCUCACAGCCUGUUCCAAACGAUACAUUUUGAGCAAAUUUCCUCAUCAAAAUGACUCAUUUUCUAAAAUGAGUCUUUUGAUCCAAAUUGACUCAUUUUAAGAAUGAUCCAUCCAAACGACAGUGUGAUUGGUUAUGAUCCUUGCUUUUCUUUAAAAUGGCCAUGGCUCGAAUCCUAGUACGUGUCUUUUUAAUGAAUAAAAAAAGUAAUUGUGAAGACCAAAAUGUCCUUCCUACAUUCACUCUCGUUGCAGAAAAUUUGAAAUGGGGCUCCCGUUUUUUCCUUCGGCAUAUUAUAUUAUGUGUAGAUACAUGCAUAAUGACAAUCUCAACAAAACUAUCGCAACUUUCAAACGACCCCUUAGAGUUGUACAUGAGCAGCGGUUAAGGGGUUGUUUGGUUUUUGUGAUAGUUUGGUUGAGAUAGUUACAAUGCAUGCAAUGUUCACAAUACAUCGUUUUUUUAAAUUUUCUGCACAAACAAUACAUGCAUUGUUUACUUGAUGUGACACAAACUAUCACUCAAAAUGUGGGAUGGUUAAAUCUCAAGUUUUGGUUGAGAUCGUUGAGAUUGUUUGAUUGGGAUUGUUAUGUUUUUUCUUCUACCAAAUAUGUCCAUAUCUUUUUAUAUGUGUUGUUUUUUAAUACUAAAAACAAAUGGUACAAAUGACAUUUCACCCAUAAAGUAAUAAUUUAAACACUACAAUAACUAUCAUAGAAACCAAAUAAUGUAAACUACAAUACACCAAUUUUCUUAUAUACAUGUAUAUUAUUAUGCAUGCAUUGAUAACAAUAUAUCGAUUUAACUAUCACCAAAACCAAACGAGUACUAAUAAGUGACAAACACACAGCUUCUUGGUGGAGAAGUAGGUGAGACAAACACCCCCCUAAAUCCCUAAUGAUAUCGCCAAGAAUCUCUUUCCAAAGUGGCAGACAAAUUCCAGUUUUGACAGUGUGGUGGUCAGCUCUUCAAAAGGCCAAUUACUGAAUGACAUGCCCUUGGCCCUAUUUGAGCUAAAAAUAACUCAGAAUGCGAUAAUACUUCUCAUAGAGAUGAUGACAACUACGCACUCUCUCAAUGGCUGCAAUUAUGGUGACAGAGCAACGGCACACUGAUGAUCAUCAAAGAAGGCGCUUCUUCACAUGGGGCUUGGGCCAUUGAUGAUGAUUGUGAUCAUGUGGACGUUUGGUAGACCGACAAACUCCAUGAUUUCCAGAAGGAACUUUGUUCCAGUCUUUGCGAUGUCAUAUCUUCGCUAACGUGUCUUCUUCCCACUUGCAGCUCUUUGCUGGAUGGACAAGAUGACGACAAAGCUUUACCCACCCCACCAGUCCCAUUCAACAAACAACGUGCCACAGCCUGUAAUUAACAUUACCGAAGAAGAAACCCCACACUUCACAGCUGUGAAACGUUGCCAGCCCACCCUCUCUCUCCCUUCCCUUCCACUCCAAGUCUGUAAUUUUCUUUUACUGCACCAUUCGGUCUACGGUUUUAGUCCGCGAUUUGAGUUAAGACGUCCUAACUUCGAUAACCGAUAGGAUUCAGAGUCGGAUUAAGUAAACCAUACCCCUUAAUCAGCUCUCUUAGGGAUUCGAAAAAGCGCUAAUGUGUUGAUACUGUUUGAACUACCGAGUUUUGUUAGUGAAUUAGAAUACAACGAUAUUUUUCAUAUCGUACAAAUGGGUUUGAUUCGUCGUAACAGGGAUUUGAUUAUUUGAGUCCUCUGCACAGAUGAAUUUCCCCCCAUUGAAACCCCAACUUGUCAAUUUUCCGCCCAAUCCGGCAGAAAAUGGUGCUGAAAGAAGAAAACUUUAACUUAUAGCUGCAACAAUGUCUUCUUACCGUUGGUGAGAAAAGAAGAAAGAAAUAUAGUAAUUAAAGUUCUUGUAUCAAUAAUGGUCCCACUGGCCGCAAUUACAGCCGUUUCCCACUAAUGGAAAAUCCUAUCUAUAAAUUGGGGGGUAACCCUUCCCCAUCUCCAACUCGCCGCUAUAACUCAAGCUCUGCAAUCUGCAUCACUACUUCUCUCACAUCUCAGAAGCUCCUCCAGCUCACAGUUCUUCAGUUCAUUUACUUCAUUUUCCUCUCUUAAUCCAGCAGCAAUGGCCCAAGUAAGCUUCUCAAAAGCAGCUGCCCUCUCCAUGGUCUUGUUGGUCGCAUCUCUGUUCGCCAUUGUUUCCGCCCAGGAAAUGGCCCCUGCUCCAUCGCCGUCGCUGGUCACCGGCGCUGGGUUCUCCGUCCCAGCUUCCGGCGCUUUCGUUGCCGUCUCCGUGGCUGUGUCUCUGAUGGGCUUGUUGAAGAUGUAGAGAGUUUACCCUUUUUUUGGUCUCUUCGAGCUUGUGAAUUUGUCUGUGCUUCCCUCUCCCCUGUUUCUUGAUUCCUCUGUUUUCUCACUUCGCCUCUUUUUUCUUUUGUUCCGGGUUUUGGUUUUGUGGGUUCGGAUCCAUAUUGAAUCUUGUGUUAGUUGGGGUUCUCCAUUAUAUCGGAUCUGUUUGAUCUGUAUAUCAUGUAUUCGAUAUUCAUUCAUUGUAUGAUAAUAUAUUGACUUAUUAUAAUUUAAGCUGGCUGGCUCUGUUCAUCUUUGCCCUGUUCGGUUUUUGGCUGGAUCUCUGUUGCUCUGUUUUCAAUGGACUUUAGACCGAAGGACAAAGUUAGUUACUAGCCACAUGGAAAUGUAUCAGAGGACUGAUUGAUUGAUCUCCUGUGAGACACUUACGAACAUGGGUUGAAAGGGUUUGCUAAUACUCAGUAUGGUUUAAUGACUUUGGUCGAGCCAGGAUUUCGUGUAAGGUGGGUUGUCGAUUCGAGAUCCGGAUGUAUGGUGGACGGUUCAUUUUUCUGGAGGUCUGUGAAGCAGUACCACAGGUGUCCAUGUGGUUGAAUGUGAUGAUAUCUUGUACAACAUUUGGGUGGUUGGAACGUUGUAUUCAAUGAAUAUGAAAUUUGAGCUAUGAUGACUUAUAAUGUUGACAAUCAUGAAAUUUUUAGUUUUCAAAAAUAAGCUAUGUAUGAGUUCUCUUGUUGACUAUUAAGUUCAUGAAAUAAACUUUGAGGUUUAAGAUAAUAAAUAUGGAAAUUGUAGUGGGCUGAACUCAGACUUUCCUUGUAAUAAUGCGUACAUUAAAAAAAAAAAAAUUUGUUAAACACACGAUUCAUGUCUUUCCUAGUAAAUCUGUACAAAAUUUCAUCAUCAUGUAUACGCUUAAGAACUUUCCAAAUCUCAAGUGAGCUAUGUAAAAAAGUGGACGCGAGAAUGUAGCUCUCGAGAAAGCAAUUUGCUUACGUUGACGUAUUUUCAGCCUGAUCAAACCAAAAUCAUCUCUUCUAUCUUUCUUUCUUUUUUUUCCUGAAUUAAUCAUAUUAAGGUAAUCUCUUUACACACGCUAUCUGGUUCGAUUAUAAUCUCACAACGAAUACAAAACUGUGCAAUGAUUUAGGACAUCACAAGGUGUACCUAGCUGGUUGUAUAUGUGUUCCAAUACAGUCUAUCAUCAAUC